AUGGCGCAAAGGAAGUACUUGAUUGAAGUAGAGAAAGCUAAGGAAGCUAAAGAUGGAAAGCCAUCGACGGGUCCUGUGUACCGUAGUCUUUUUGCUAAAGAUGGCUUUCCUCCGCCAGUUCCUGGACUUGAAAGUUGCUGGGAUGUUUUCAGGAUGACUGUAGAGAAAUAUCCUAAUAAUCCAAUGCUUGGUCAUCGUGAGAUUGUGAAUGGCAAGGCUGCUGAAUAUGUGUGGCAAACUUACAAGCAAGUUUAUGACGUGGUGAUCAAAGUUGGAAAUUCAAUUCGAAGUUGCGGUGUUGAACCGGGCUCUAAAUGUGGCAUUUAUGGUGCUAAUUGUGCAGAAUGGAUUAUGAGCAUGGAGGCCUGCAAUGCUCAUGGGCUCUACUGUGUUCCUUUGUAUGACACGCUAGGUGCCAGUGCAGUGGAAUUUAUUAUAUGCCACUCAGAGGUCUCAAUUGCUUUUGUAGAAGAGAAAAAGAUUUCUGAGCUGUUGAAAACAUUUCCUAAUGCCACCCAGCACUUGCAAACAAUUGUGAGCUUUGGCAAGAUUGCUCCGAAAGAGCUAGAAGAGAUUGAGAAAUUUGGUUUGGCAGCAUAUUCUUGGGAUGAGUUUUUAAAACUGGGGGAGAAUAAACAAUAUGAACUCCCAGUGAAGAAGAAAGAGGAUAUCUGUACAAUAAUGUAUACCAGUGGAACAACUGGUGAUCCCAAGGGAGUGCUGAUUUCAAAUGACAACAUUGUCACUCUUUUAGCUGGAGUGAAACGGCUACUAGAAAGUGUGAAUGAAUCAUUGACUUCAAAGGAUGUAUAUAUUUCAUACCUUCCUCUUGCUCAUAUAUUUGAUCGGGUGAUUGAGGAGUUAUUUAUUCAACAGGGUGCCUCUAUAGGGUUUUGGCAAGGGGACGUAAAAUUAUUGAUUGAGGACCUUGGGGAGCUGAAACCAACUAUUUUCUGUGCCGUGCCCCGUGUUUUAGACAGAGUUUAUUCUGGUUUGCAACAGAAAGUUACUUCAGGUGGCUUAUUGAAGAAGACAUUAUUCAAUCUAGCAUAUUCACACAAAUUUAGUUCUAUGAAGAAGGGGAUUACACAUGAGGAAGCAUCUCCAAUCUGUGACAAAAUUGUCUUUAAUAAGGCAAGGGUUGGGGGGAAGGUGCGGCUUAUUUUGUCUGGAGCAGCACCUCUUUCUAACCAUGUAGAAGCUUUCCUGCGAGUGGUGUCGUGUGCUCAUGUUCUGCAAGGAUAUGGUCUGACAGAAACCUGUGCUGGGACUUUUGUCUCACUACCAAAUGAAUUGCCAAUGCUUGGCACAGUGGGCCCUCCCGUACCAAAUGUGGAUGUCUGCCUAGAAUCUGUUCCUGAGAUGGGAUAUGAUGCUCUUUCAAGCACACCACGUGGAGAAAUUUGUAUUAGGGGGAAGACCGUUUUUGCAGGUUACUACAAACGCGAAGACCUCACUAAAGAGGUCCUGACUGAUGGGUGGUUCCAUACAGGGGAUAUUGGUGAAUGGCAACCUGAUGGAAGUAUGAAAAUUAUUGACCGCAAGAAGAAUAUAUUCAAACUCUCUCAAGGAGAAUAUGUUGCUGUUGAAAACUUGGAGAACAUUUAUAGUCUUGUAUCUGAUAUUGAUUCGAUAUGGGUUUAUGGGAACAGUUUUGAAUCAUACCUUGUUGCUGUUGCCAACCCCAAUCAGCAAGCACUUGAACAUUGGGCUCAAGAGCAUGGUAUAAGUGGGGAUUUUAAAUCCCUUUGUGAAAAUCCGAAGGCAAAAGAAUACAUACUGGGAGAGCUCACCAAGAUUGGGAAAGAAAAGAAGUUGAAGGGCUUUGAACUUAUAAAAGCUAUCCACCUCGAUCCUGAGCCAUUUGACCUGGAGCGUGAUCUCAUCACUCCAACAUACAAGAAAAAGAGGCCCCAUCUUCUCAAAUAUUACCAGAAUGUUAUCGACAACAUGUACAAGAGUGCAACCAAGCCCAGCGCCUAA